GUUGGGAAGAUUGCCUUAAAGAUGAUCCUCAUUCAUUUCCAAGAACAAGCCAAAAUUGCUAACUUUUUCAGCAGUGAAGCAUCCUGCAAGAAACGAGAAGAUUAUUUGGAAUGGCCUGAAUAUUUUAUGGCAGUAGCGUUUUUGUCAGCACAAAGAAGCAAGGAUCCAAGUUCUCAGGUUGGUGCCUGCAUUGUAAAUUCAGAAAACAAGAUUGUUGGAAUUGGAUAUAAUGGGAUGCCUAAUGGCUGCAGUGAUGAUGUAUUACCCUGGACAAGAACAGCAGCACACAGGCUAGACACAAAAUAUCCUUAUGUGUGCCAUGCCGAAUUGAAUGCCAUCAUGAACAAAAACUCAGCUGAUGUGAAAGGCUGCAGCAUGUAUGUUGCCUUAUUUCCAUGUAAUGAAUGUGCAAAACUCAUCAUCCAGGCAGGCAUAAAGGAAGUUAUUUUUAUGUCUGACAAAUACCAUGACACUAUGGAAAUGACAGCUGCACGGCGGAUGUUUGAUUUAGCAGGUAUUAUAUACAGGGAAUUCAAGCCAAAGUGUAACAAGAUCAUCAUCGACUUUGAUUCAAUUAACAGCAGACCAAAUCAAAAGCUUCUGUGAAUUAAGUCUCAUUAAGUCUCUAGAAGAGUGUGAUUAUCCUUUUCUAAAAAGCUGCUAAUGCCUUUCAUCUUGAAGUUACUUGCAACUUUUUAAUGGCUUCUGUAGCUAAAGUAGACUUCUAAGAAAUCCAAGGCAUAAAAUGUCCUCCUCACUUCAUCUUGUCACGUGAAAUCUAAAUCUCUUUACAUUUUUUUAGCACCUUUAUCAAAACUGCUUAAAAAGUCUAGAGACAUGUUGAUGAGACAACAUAAUGUAUGUAAAGAAAACUGUUCUGAUUCUUGCUCUAUUCAUCACCACAUGCUCUGAUAGGCUGUCAGCAUUGAUUUAGACUGAGUUUAACAGUAGUACUUAUUGUAACUGGUAGUAUAUUGGAAUACACUAAUAUCUGUUGAUCUCUCUGUUGCAUGUGAGGAUCUAAAUACUUGAUCCUAAUAAAGGACAAAAAAAUGUUUUCCUUCCAACUAGCAUAACACU